GAAAGCUGCUAAAGAAGACACAUCCGCUCCUGGUUCUUCAAAUGUUGUUACCAAUGACAAGGCAGCCAUGCCUGCAGUCAACAGAGACGAGUGUCCAAGAUGUAUUACUUGCUCCUAUUCCUUUCAUUAGUUGUACUUCUGCUCCCAUCAAGUCCUCCAAGAAAUAUCAAGGCAAGGUUGAUAAGGCUGAAGCAUUUAAAAGGAAAACAACAAGAUGACAGGCAAUAAGCAAAAACAAGUACGAUGUCCUUCUUGUGAUGGAACCGAUCAAUCUCGCUCCUCCAGCAAGGUGUGCCAUAUGAAUAAGUCAAAAACGAAGCUCCCGAAGCCUAAAGAUACCGUCGAGGAAAUUUUUGUUAUCAAGAUAUCUUUGGCUAAUACCUGCAGAUAUCCCAAGUUCGUUAAUAGUUCGUUAAACGGCACCCUUACAAAAUAGUCUCAAUAUUAUUGAGGAUAUUUAAGAAUUAACAUCAGUCUAGAAAAUAUAGCAUGAUGGAUGUAGUUUCAGACAAUAAAAGACCGAUACCCGAUUCACCUGCAUAUAGUUUCACAUUACUGUAGAUUAUUGUAGAUUAUUUAUUUUUUAUAACUUUU